CAAGGCUGAAGUGCCGUCUCAUCCCGGGCAAGAAUCCCGAAUGAAUAUUAGUCAUGCUGCGAUGGCGUGAUUUACGGGCAUGAUGAUUUGUAUACAGAAGGAAAAUUGACACCACUGUGGAACUGACCACCAAGACCUUUUUCUCACAGCGUGCGGCCUUUGAACCCUUUCCCUACGCUUCUGCGCUCGAGCAGCAGAGAAGCACGCCUUCGCUGCCCCUCCAAUUGCUCGCUGAUGCAAUCAUGGGCCCCUCCACAUCAUUGCGCGGGCCACAGAAAUUUGCCCGCCGCCGACAGGUGAUCCCCGUCUACAAGACAAAAAGAUUUGUCGUUAUGCCUGGGCCGUCUUAGAACAACACGAGACUAAUCUACAGUACUAUAUAUCAAGCCCCCCGCCGUAUUUCUGAUCCGUCAAUCUUAGCUUAACACAGUCAAAAGAGAUACCCUUCGAGCACCGCCUUUUUACCUCUUAACUUCACGCAGUUCCAACACCGCAGUCACUAUGGCCGACCGUCCAGAGCCUCUCCGUCUGGGUUCAAUUGCCCCAAACUUCAAGGCAGAGACCACCAAAGGUCCCAUUGACUUCCACGAGUUCAUUGGCGACAACUGGGUCGUCCUCUUUUCACACCCAGAAGAUUUUACGCCAGUGUGCACUACCGAACUAGGUGCUUUUGCAAAGUUGGAGCCCGAAUUCGCAAAGAGAGGCUGCAAGUUGAUCGGUCUUUCGGCCAACACGAUCGACAGCCAUGGAGACUGGAUCAAGGACAUCAACGAGAUCAGUGGCAGCAACCUGCAAUUCCCCAUUAUCGGCGACAAGAACCGACAAGUGGCUCUGUUGUAUGAUAUGAUCGACCACCAAGACGCCACCAACGUCGACUCCAAGGGCAUCGCCUUCACCAUUCGAUCAGUCUUCAUCAUCGACCCCAAGAAGACCAUCCGAACCAUCCUCUCCUACCCCGCCUCAACUGGCCGAAACACUGCUGAGGUGCUCAGAAUCGUCGACUCCCUGCAGACCGGCGACAAGCACAAGGUUACUACCCCGAUCAACUGGGUGCCUGGUGACGAUGUGAUCGUCCACCCCAGUGUCAAGACGGAGCAGGCAAAGGAGAUCUGGCCUGACAUGAAGAUUGUCAAGCCAUACUUGCGAGUAACUCCUCUGCCCAAGGACAAGACCACCGCAGCUUAAAGGACGGCCUGAAAGAGGAGAUGUAUCGCGUUAGCAGCGUCAAGAGUUUUAGUACCGUCCACCUUUGCAGAUAAAAACAGAAAUUUAUACAUCCUUAAGUCCAAUGAAAUA